GAUCCCAAGUCUUCUCCAAAUACAGUUGAAUGAGCAGCAGUCAGUGUGAGAGGAUUGGGCUGCUCUUCCCUGCUGUUAAUCCUAUAGGAGUUCGUUGUACCCGGGCAUCGCUUGGCACAGCAGCAGUAUCAGCGCCUGUGUGAAAUGAACAAGAACAAGCCUCGCUCCAGGUUCUGCUGAAGGCGGGGGUCAUUCUCUCUCUCAGUUUAACUCUGUGGAUUCCUUGUGGGAUUGUUGUCUCGGAAAGAGAAGGGUUCAGCCCAAGUUUUCUGCGCUCCCUUCAGUGAUAGCGCAGCGGUGCGGGACUAGUGGAGUUCCAUGAGCUGUGAUGACAAAGGCUGGCACGGGAGAGCUGCUCGCAUCCCUCUCACUGGAUUACUAAUGGGACUUUACAUGAGCUAGCCGGACCACUGCGCUGCCUGAUCCCAAGUGUGUAAGAAUUCUCUGCGAAAAUACCAUACUCCUGCAUCGCUUUGCCUCCAGUGAUUGACACUCCUUGGGUACAUAUUGGGUGAAGUAAAACGUAAAGACUUUGCGCUAAACUACUAUGAGGUCAGAAGGUUUGCUGCUAUACUUCACGAUACUACAGUUUGCUAGGGCAGGAUUUCCUGAAGACUCAGAGCCUAUCAGUAUUUCGCAUGGCAACUACACAAAACAGUAUCCGAUAUUUGUGGGGCAUAAACCAGGACGAAACAGCACACAGAAGCAUAAGAUGGACAUCCAGCAGAUCAUGAUAAUGAACCGGACUCUCUACAUAGCCGCUAGGGACCACAUCUACACAGUCGACUUGGAGACGCCAUAUGCCGAGGAAAUCUUUUUCAGCAAAAAACUGACAUGGAAAUCUAAACAGUCUGAUGUAGACACCUGCAGAAUGAAGGGGAAGCAUAAGGAUGAAUGCCACAAUUUUAUUAAGGUCCUGCUAAAGAGGGAUGAAGAUACAUUAUUCGUCUGUGGAACUAAUGCUUUCAAUCCUUCCUGCAGGUACUAUAAGAUGGAUACGCUUGAAUAUCUUGAUGAAGAAAUAAGUGGGAUGGCAAGGUGCCCAUAUGAUGCAAAGCAUGCCAACGUGGCAUUGUUUGCAGAUGGCAAGCUUUACUCUGCAACCGUGACGGAUUUCCUUGCAAUUGAUGCCGUCAUUUAUAGAAGUCUGGGGGAUGGUCCAACCUUGCGAACUGUCAAAUAUGACUCCAAGUGGCUGAAAGAGCCAUACUUUGUACACGCUGUGGAUUAUGGUGACCUUAUCUACUUCUUCUAUCGUGAAAUUGCAGUCGAAUACAACAGCAUGGGGAAGGUGGUUUUCCCAAGAGUCGCCCAGGUGUGCAAAAAUGACAUGGGGGGAUCUCAGAGGGUUCUCGAAAAACAGUGGACAUCGUUCCUAAAAGCUCGAUUGAAUUGCUCGGUUCCUGGGGAUUCACAUUUCUAUUUCAACAUUUUGCAAGCUGUUACAGACGUCAUUCAUAUCAAUGGCCGAGACGUUGUCUUGGCUACUUUUUCAACACCAUAUAACAGCAUCCCUGGCUCUGCUGUUUGUGCCUAUGAUAUGGCUGACAUCGCUAGUGUAUUCACUGGGAGGUUCAAGGAGCAGAAGUCACCCGAUUCAACAUGGACCCCGGUUCCAGAUGAACGAGUGCCGAAGCCAAGGCCAGGCUGCUGUGCUGGAUCUGCAACUGUAGAAAAAAUAACAAAGUCAAAUGAACUUCCUGAUGAUACACUUAAUUUCAUUAAAACCCAUCCCCUCAUGGACGAGGCUGUGCCAUCAAUAAUAAACAGACCUUUAUUUCUCCGGACCAUGGUUAGGUAUCGGUUAACCAAAAUAGCAGUUGACACGGCAGCUGGGCCAUACCAGAACCAUACAGUCGUUUUCUUGGGAUCAGAGAAAGGCAUUGUUCUCAAAUUUCUGGCAAGAACCGGAUACAGCGGCUUCCUUAGCGACAGUCUCUUUUUGGAGGAGAUGAAUGUUUACAACACAGAAAAGUGCAGCUUUGAUGGUGCAGAUGACAAAAGGAUCCUGGGGAUGCAGCUUGACAAACACAGCAAUGCUCUGUAUGUGGCGUUCUCCACCUGUGUGAUUUCAGUUCCCCUUGCAAGAUGUGAUCGCCAUACAAAGUGCAAAAAGACUUGCAUUGCUUCCAGAGACCCAUACUGUGUCUGGUUACGGGAAGGUGGGACAUGUUCACAGCUGGCAACUAAUACUAAAGUGCCAUUUGAGCAGGACGUAGAGCAUGGCAAUACAGACGGCUUAGGCGACUGCCAAAAUUCUUUUGUGGCAUUGAAUGAAAUUGCAACUUCUCCUCCACCAGAUCAGGAAUUAUAUUACCACACAGUGUAUGAUCCCAGCACCACUUCCUACUCGAGAGUGCACGAGGGAUACGAUAGGGGAAGCAUGCUGGAUUGGAAGGACCUCUAUGACUCCUCUGAGAAUACAGAUCCGCACGUCGCAGACUCUUUUCAUAAUCACCAAGACAAAAAGGGGGUGAUUCGUGAAAGUUAUCUCAAAGGUCACGAUCAACUUGUUCCUGUUACCCUUUUGGCCAUUGCUGUUAUUCUUGCUUUUGUCAUGGGUGCAGUCUUCUCUGGAAUUAUUGUAUACUGUAUCUGUGACCAUCGUCGAAGGGAUGUUGAUGUUGUCCAAAGGAAGGACAAAGAUCUGAGUCGUUCACGCAGAGGUUCUAUGGCAAGUGUGACCAAACUAAGUGGACUCUUCAGUGACAAUCAGUCCAAAGAGUCAAAGCCAGAGGCUAUCCUUGCGCCUUUGAUGCAUAAUGGGAAACUUGCUACACCUAGUACAACUGCUAAAAUGUUAAUUAAAGCUGAGCAACAUCAUCUUGAUCUUGCAGCUUUACCAACUCCUGAGUCCACACCAACUUUGCAACAAAAGAGAAAACCCAGUAGGGGCAGCAGAGAUUGGGAAAGAAACCAAAAUAUUAUCAAUGCAUGUACAAAAGACAUGUCUGCUAUGUCAUCCCCAGUAAUCCCAACUGAUUUGCCACUUCAUGCAUCACCAAGUCAUAUCCCCAGUGUUGUUGUCCUGCCUAUAACCCAGCAAGGUUAUCAACAUGAGUAUGUGGACCAGCCAAAACUAACAGAGGUGGCUCAAAUAUCAAUUGAAAACCAGAGUUCCACUCUAGAAUACAAAACAAUUAAGGAACACCUUGCCAGUAAAAGUCCAAACCACGGUGUAAAUUUGGUGGAAAAUCUAGACAGUAUUCCACCAAAGGUACCACAAAGAGAAGCCUCUUUAGGUCCUCCAAGUUCUUCAGUGUCUCAAAAUGGAAUGGGCAAACGUAUAGACAUACACGCAUCUGCUUAUAGUGUGGAUUACAAGAGAAACUAUCCAACAAACUCUCUCUCAAGAACUCACCAGACAUCACUCAAAAGAAAUAACACAAAUUCUUCCAAUUCUUCUCAUCUCUCCAGACAUCAGAGUUUUGGUAGAGGGGACAACCCACCUCCUGCUCCACAAAGAGUAGACUCUAUACAUUUCAGUGCUGCUCAAGGGCAAGCAGUGACUUUAACAAGGCAGCCUAGUAUCAAUGCCUAUAACUCUCUCCCAAGAUCUGGUGUGAAACGCACACCAUCUAUAAAACCAGAUGUACCACCUAAACCCACAUUUUCACCACUGUCAUCAUCCAUUACGUCCAAUGAUGCAUGUACAUAAUUGUGGUAGGAAGGUACAACACCAGCUAAGCAGACUUUGCCAUUUUGAGCCAGUGUACUACAAUUUUACUCAAUGAUCUCAGAUUUUCAAGAAGGCUAUAUUGUUAAGCUAAGGACUCUUUGGAAUUGAAAGUGAACUAUUUUCUUAUGAAGCAAUGUGAUGUACGGUUUACAUUUACAACUGCAGGACUCUCACACGAUCUGGACAGUUGUUACUGUUGAUAAACACAAACAUCACGACCAAUGAGCCAAAAGCACAACGAUGAAUGUCGAAUGCCGAUUCACCUCCUGAAAUUCAAGGACUGGUAUAGGAUGGUGAAGAUAACAAGGAGGAGAAUUGACUUCAGAGACCUGUUAACUCAAAAUUAAUAAUGGCAGAAGUUUACUAUGUGCAGAUACUGUGAAAUGCCCAUCAGUGUUACAGCCACUUGGUUAACCGAUGAAUGCCGAACUGGGCACAGCUACAUGAUAUCUCUGCUACUCUUCUCUUGUCAGUAAAUAACAUGUGACCAUUAACAAUAGUAACUUCAAUUAUUUAUUGUUCAUUUUGUCUUUCCUAAGGAAAUGACUGUCCUGCAAAUCAUUCUCUGAGCAGCUCUGCAGACAAAAAGACAAUGAACUUGAUUCCUAUUUAACAUGAUACUGCUAACUGGAGUAGUUGAGCUCUUUUUGUUACAAUUUUUCCCAAUAAAUUGGCCGAGGAAAUAAUUUGGGCUGGCAUUGCAAACUUUUUUUUUUAUGUUUUAAUUUACCUUUCUCUUCAAUUUCAUUCCUUUCCUUGGCUACCACUAUGUUUUAUCUUAAAUUCAGUUCUGGGAAUGAGUAUGUGACUUGCUGUUCUAGAAUAUGUUGCAGAUUCAUCCAGGUCUGAAAGGAUUCAAAGGGGAAUAUUUAUUUUCAUUAAUUUGAAGAAUUCAUUGGCUGGUCCUUUGAUUUUUUUUUUUUUGUAGGCAGCAAGUGUUAGAACAUCCCUAUAGUUAAUCUAGGACUUCUCUGCACAGACCAUAGUUGUAAACAUGGCUUUGUCAGUAGUGAUUCUUUUUUGUGAAGAAGGCACCAGCUGAUGUUGUGCCGUUCCAUCUCCUGUUUGCAUGUAGUUUGGUAAUCAAUCCAGCAAUGAUGUGAACUCCGUAAUAUGCCAGCUUUUAAAUCAUCCAUAUUAAUUAUGGUCUUAUCUCACAGAACCUUCAUAGAAUUCCUUCUGUGAAGAACAUUUCUUCCACAUGUAAAUUUGUGCCUUACACCCUCAGUUGUGUGUACGUGUGAACUGUAGUUCUUAUAAAUCCACCCUUCAGACAGCUAUUUAUUUGCCUUUCUAUCCUUUUACCCUACCACUGAAUGUAGUUCUUGCCAGAUAUUAGGAUUAAGAAUGUAGCAAGCAUAUAUAGCUCCAUGGUUCCUCUCCAAACAUCUGGCAGCACUACAAGCUGUACUUUAUGUAAUCCUUCUGGAUGUGCCAAUUCUGUCUCUAAACCACUCUUGUAUCAUGCUAGCAGUAUGUGCACUAUUGUGAGUGGCAUUUCCCCUCCUACGCUCUCCUUUUUACUAAACCAUAUCAUUACAGUAUGGUGAUUAGCAUCAACUAAUGUACUGUCUUAUUGUUGGGUGUUAUCACUGGAUGUAAAAUGGAUUUAGAUUGGCUGAUUUCCAAUGGAAAAGCCCUUAUCAAGUCUGUCAAUGAUUUCUUUACGGAAUGCGAUUGGCCAGCUUCCGUAAUAAAUACCCUUCCAAUUACAAUACCUUACACUCCAUAUGUAUGUACAGUCUGGGAUGAAUUGUUUACAGCAGGCUGGCUCCUGCUAUGAUUGAAUUUUGGUUGGUUGGUAUUACAAAAAAAAAAUCCCAUUUGUCAUUCAAUGAUUUUACUUUUAUUUUUAAUAUCCCCUUAAUUUCUUUAUACUGAAUCUUUUUUUAAAAAAAUGAACAUACCAUUUCUUUUACAAGAAAAAAAAAAUUUAAAUUAUUUUUUUUUCUAAUCAUUUGAAUCAAAUAAAUAAAAGAAAAUCCACUAUGUGAUUUUAAGAAAAUCAGUAUGGAAGUGUAUAACAAGGGUGGUUGCAGAUCAUUGUGUUUCUACUUAUUUUUUGUCAUCCUUCUUUAAAAACAUUUUGUGUUCUUUGGUGAGAGUUAUCCUUCUAGUUUUCAACACAUAAAACACAAUAAGAUAUGCUCACCAGGGCUUGCCUCCUAACAGUAAGUGGCCACUGUAGACUUUAUUUACUGUAUGAACACUGCUGUAUAUGAUGCCUUUCAAUGUUGAACUAUUGCUGUAAGACCCUGCAAGAGUUUGUUUUUUUAAAUAGUUGAAAAGUAAAUGUGUGUGACACUAAACAAAAGUUCCAUAUGAGAUAAAGUUCCCGCCAUAGAAUAUUUCUAAGGUGCUAAGUACUUUAGGGUAUUGGGGAAUGAUUAAGACAGAGUGAAGACCAUAUGUGAUACUUGCCAUUUUUCCAAAGCAGAAAUUUUGUGAAAAAGGAAGAUAAGUAGUGGUCAUAGAAGAUAAAAUCUGGUGGGGCAUCACUGCAUUCUGGACUGUAUGGCAUAAACCAAAAGUUCUUAUUUAUAUGAAAAUGAUGUUUUCCAAAAAUUACAUUCCAACCUCAAAGGGUCAACUGUGGUCUAACCGAAAGAUUAAAGCAUUUUUAACCCACAGUGCCUGUACAGGGAUGUCCCUGGAACAAUAGCACUCUUUUUGAGAGAAGGGAUUGUCCUUCAACAGUAGGAAGGUCACAGGUUGGGCCUUCAGCUGCCAAAAUAAUCCCUAACAAAUACGUUCUCAAACUCUUGCAGUGCCUUACCUCUUUAGGUCCAUAAUUGCAACACAAAGUGGCAUAAGAAAAAAAAUCAAACCUUACUGUUACAGAAAUGUUAUUUAUUCAUAAUUCUUAUGGUUCGAUUGCUAUUGAAUGGCAGAAUAGGGAACAAUGCGAGAAGGUCCUGUUUCAAUGGCAUCUGCUGCACACAGCCACAUUAUUCAUUUUGGUCCAAAAAUAAGCAUGGCUAUGUCUGUUUUUUUUAUUGGCCAUAGAAAGACACCAAAACAUGCCUAAUUCUCCAUGGGCUAAGGCAUGGAUCCUAUAACUACACUUCUGAAGUUUUCUGAUAUGAUUAUCUGCUUGUUUAGAACUUACGGGGAUCCUUGUAUAACACAAUCUAGGAUAUGAGCCUACAUACUGUAUAAUCGUAUUAAUGACUGGCAGUAUGCACUUGAAAUAGCAGUCUCUCGGUGCCUUUCCAUCAACUGUUGCCCCCUCACCAUCCUCAUGGAUUUAUCCAAAUGCAGACGCACGCCUUGGCCCUCCUGGAAACUGGAUCCCAGGUGCUCAGCAAAUAGGGUAUCGGCAACCCAACCCUUGCUUUAAAUUUAUUUAGUGCGGCAUGCAACGUUUCGGGGACAACCCCUUUAAAAAGGGGUUUAAAAAUGCUUGAUAAAGGGGUUGUCCCUGAAACGUUGCAUGGCAUGCUAAAUAAAUUUAAAGGGUUUCACCCUGCCAGCAUUACCUGUGUCCCCUCACCAUCCUCCCCAUUCUUAGAUCCGAAAGCUCAGGCACUGGUGAUUUGUUUGUCUUGUGAAUGGAAAUUUUCCAGCACUAUACUAGGUUGGUUCAUAAAAUUCAAUUAAAAGUAAUAACAAUUGCAACAGCCUGUUUACAUUCGUUACUGCCAUUACAGCAUUGCUUUGAUGUACUUCUCUCUUGAACCAAGAAUGACAUAAGUGUGUUAUAACAAAAUACAUUAAGCAGCGUUCUUAUUAUCUUCAGUACUUUUAAUAUUUAACAGUUCCUUUGGUCAUUUUUGAUUCCAGACUUGUAUCCAUAAACCUACAUGUGCCUUUCCUUUCCACCCUUGCUAUACACUGACGGAUAGUUGGAAACAGAAUCUGACUUCUAAUUGUGUACUGUUGUAAAAUAUUGUGAUGUCAUAAACUUUUUUCUUCACCUUCACGUCCCUUAACAUCUGAUUCACAAAUUAAUGUAUGUUGUACAAAAAAAAAAUUUGAAAACGGGAUAAAAUUCUUUAUUACAUAAGGUAAUAAAACAGACUGUUCAAAAUUUUGUUUUUGGCUUUUGUGUGUUAACUGCUAAAUUAUUUUUUCCUGAAAAUCCAAAAUGAACGGUAUAAGAGCUACAAAAGUUAGUUAUAAUAGUUGGGAAAAUGGAAAUAGUUUUGUUAUGCAACGUGUAGGAGAAACAUUGUACACUUGUUCACAAAACAUUUUGUAAUUAAAAAAAAAAUUAAAUCACAUAUUUGUAUCACUGUU